AUGGCGGCGCCCGAUAUUAGGUACAUUGAUUGGGUUGGACUCUGUAAGCGUGGUUUCAAAGAUGUGGUUUUCAACAAGGACAACACGAUUACCCUGCCUUACUCUUUGGCUCUUUGGGCACCUCUUGGGUCAUCCAUGGAGGAGUGUAAAUCCGUUUUCGGGAAGGACAUUGUUGUGUUUAGCUACUCUGCUGAGCUACGGGAAUAUGAUUACAAUAGUUCAAAAGCCAGGGCAUUAGAAAGGGCCAUUGGAAUCAAAGUCGUUAGGCAUAGAGUAAAGAAACCAACGGGAACUGCUGAAGAAAUCAAAAAGCAUUUCGGCUGUACAUCCUCACAACUUAUCAUGGUGGGAGAUGGACCCUUCGCAUAUAUUGUUUACGGUAAUCGUAACGACUUUCUUACAGUAUUAACGAAGCCACUAAGUAUGGCAGAGGAGCCUUUCAUCAUCAGGCAGGUGAGAAAACUAGAAAUGGACAUUUUGAACUACUGGCUUAGAAGUGGCCUUGAGCCAACCGGUCAUCAUUUGUUGCCGGAUCCGAUGGAAUGUGUGAAAGACGAUUCAUUGGUUUCCUAA